CUUCUAAACACCCGGCCACCUUCACUUCAAUUACAAUUACACUUUCUCAUUGUUGGUCAUCGCAGUCGAAUCGAACAUUUUUUUGUGCAGUAAAAACUAAACUUUUUGUCGAAAUAAAUAAUUUAUCCCGACAACCAACAUAAAAUGGAGGUAGACGAUGAAGAAUUCGAGCCACCAACUUCUUCGAGCAGCAAAGGCGAUAAGAAAAGAUUUGAAGUGAAGAAGUGGAACGCUGUUGCACUUUGGGCAUGGGAUAUUGUUGUCGACAAUUGUGCUAUUUGCCGGAAUCACAUCAUGGAUCUAUGCAUUGAAUGCCAAGCAAAUCAAGCAUCCAGCACCAGUGAGGAAUGCACAGUAGCAUGGGGAGUCUGCAAUCAUGCAUUCCACUUUCACUGUAUUUCAAGAUGGUUGAAGACGCGUCAGGUGUGCCCGUUAGAUAACAGGGAAUGGGAAUUCCAAAAGUAUGGCCACUAACAACUUUCGCCGCAAGACAUACGUGCAGGGAGAACAAGCUUUGGAUAUGCAAAUUUUUCAUUUCAAUAAUUGGUUAUAAGAAAUUACAUCAGUAAGGAGCAAAAUAAAACUAUCGCAACUUA